GAAAGAUUUUCUUGCUCGCCUCAAUGUGUUUGUAACCACAGUUUAAAACCAUGAUACAUACUAAUGAGUAGCUUUGGCUUAAAAACUUGUACACCAUAGAAAGAAAGCGUGUUUUGGCUAGGAGAAAGAGUAGCAGACCCUUUGUUCAGGGCCCAUGCUCAAUUCCCUUAUGAGAUGAUUGAAUUUAGAAAAGGGCCAGUUCUUUGUGAUGCAAGAAAAUCACCAAUUAGUCUCCCCUCCUACUUGGAAAGUCUGAGUGCAGCACAGCUCACCGGCACAUGAUAGCCUUGUCAAAGGCGCAAAUCAAGGAAACCAAUCAAAAGUGUCUGCAACUGCCGUUGAUCAUUGUAACGACGGAAGCCUUGUGUUGUUCUCAUCAUUAAAAGCACGCUAAGCACUACACUUUUUCCAACUUCUCACCUAAAAAAAACCAUAGACACCCACUACCAAAACAUCCACAAAAUUAAACAUUUACUAGUAGUACACCAUAAGGCCAAAAUUUAACCCCCCAGCUUAAGCUCCUCUCUAUAGUCUAUUAUACCUCAUCUCUCAUUAACAACACAUGGUUCUAUCAGUGUAGAAGGAAUUGAACAACAUGAUCGCAGGUUGUUUCAGCCAACCCAACACUCCUUCAUCAAGCAGCAGCAGCAGCAGCUCCCAAGUGCCACAGAAUCUGAUAACAUGCAUAUACAAAACUCAACUAUGUAAUUCCCCCACUUAUCUCACUCUCAGCUGGUCCAAAACCCUUUUCUCGCACUCCCUAACCAUUUCAGCUACAGACAUCUUUUCCAUCACAAUUUCUCUGAACUCCUCAACCUUCUCCUUCUUCAGAAGACGCCAGGGCUCAAAAUCAAUCAACAAGCGCAAAAUCAAGCUCCACUGGAACUUCACCCGCGCAGAGUUCAUUCAAAACUCCGCAGAGCCAGAGUCACGCUUCUACCUUGCAAUCUCACACAAUGACAAACUCCAAUUCUUUCUCGGAGACCUUCUCCGAGAUUUGAAUCGGCGCAACAAAAGGGUCGACGUUGAGGCUAACAACGUUGUUGACCCGGUUCUGCUGUCGAGGAGAGAGCACGUGUUCGGAAGAAGGUGUUACGUGUCACGUGCGGUGUUCAUGGGGUCGAAGCACGUGAUAGAGAUCGAGUGCGGAGGGGGUGUGCUAGGAGUGAAAGUGGACGGUGAGACGCGGUUGGUGGUGAAAAGGUUGGCGUGGAAGUUCAGAGGCUACGAGAAGAUAUUCAUCAACGGCGUCCAAGUGGAGUUCUAUUGGGACGUGCUGAGUUGGGUGGUUAACAGCAACAAAGGGAACGGGCACGGCGUUUUUGUGUUCCAAGUGGGAGACGGAACGGUGUGGCCAGAAAUGGUGGGUGCGGAGAAGAAAUUAAUGAACAAGAGCGUGUCCGCUUCUAGCGUCUUGCAAUGGCCAGAGGACACUUGUGACUGUGGGAGGACUUCUGGGACCAACGCCACCGGCUUCUCUUUCUUGCUCUAUGCUUGGACCAUUAAUUAAUUCAUUCCUUUUAUUUCUUCUUUCUUCAUAUUAUUUCUUUUACUGGAUUGCAAGCAAUUAUUUUGUUCAUAUAUAUGUAUCUAUCUCUAUACUCAUCUUUCUUUCUCCUUCUUGUACAAUAUUGCUCCUGCCAAUUCAGAAAUAAAUGUCUCCUUUGAUGAA